AACCCUAAUAAAUCUCCAUUUUUUGAGUUUUAUAUCAAAAUAGAAGUCAUAAAUUCCCUCAAACGAAAUUGAAGAGAAAAAUAAUAAAAAUAAUAAUCACAUAGUUGGCUAAGGUCAAGGAGGUCACAACAACACAACUCGAGUCACCAUAGGGGUCCAUUGAAACCCUUUCUCUAUCUUAAAACUGGUACGUCUCUCUCCCUUUUCUUUUUUUACUUCCAAUGAAAAUUGAGAUUUUGAAGAAGAGGGUCUGCGUCUGUUGAAAACUUGAAAUUUAGCCCCUCUCUCUUUCUCUCUCUCUCUCUCUCUCUCUCUCUGCAAUUAUACAUCGUUGUAGAGAGAGAAAGAAAGCGCGGGAUAUGAAAAUUUUCUUUCUCAACACACAAAGGUGGCAGAACAAGAAAACCCAGAGCUUGUCCAAAAAGCCCUAGAUAGUAACCAGAUCACAGCCUUUUAUAUUUUCCCGCCAAAAUCCAUUUUUGACCCAAACCCAGAUUCUCAAUCGGUGCCAAUUUUCUCACCCUUCGAAUCAUUUCCCUUUAUUUAUCGUAGAAGAAAAGUAAAGAAAAAGAGGGUUAAAAUUAAAAAAAAAAUUGAAAAAAAAAUGGAUGAUUCGGGGCGUGAUUAUUUGUUUCUAGGGUUUGAAUGCGAAAUCCAUGGCAGGGUGGUCGGCGCACGACGGCGCGGUUCCCCUAGAAGACAGUGGUGACGUUUUUGGAGUGUCGAACGACGAGACUCGGAAUCGUUUCGAGAGGUUCCUUCUUCUGUUCUUGAGGGAGAUCUGUGGCUUUGAUUACUUUUGGGCUUUUCCUCCAAUGCUGGGUGAUGAGCAACGCGUGGAUUUGUACAAGCUGUUUUUGGUUGUAAAGGGGAAAGGCGGGUACGACGCCGUUUGCAAUGGAAAGUUGUGGGAUUUGGUUGGGGAGGAAUCUGGGUUGGGUCUGAGUGUUGGUUCAUCUGUUAAACUGGUUUAUGGUAAGUAUUUGAGUGCUUUGGAUGUAUGGUUGAAGAAAGUUACUGACAGUAAGGUACCUCCUGAAUGUGGUUUGGUGUAUGAUAGGGAUAAGUUUGGAAGGCAGUUGAUGGAGUUGCAGACUGAGGUGAAAGGGUUGUCCGGUUGUGCCAAGGAUGAGGUGGUUGGGGAGGAGCUCAAGGGUGGAUUUGAUGAUGAUUUCAUGGAUGGGAGGAAGUUUUGUAGUGUUAAUGAGGUGAAGGGUUUUGAUUUAGAGUCUGAUGGAGAUGAAGAAAUUCGAAAUGGAGGAUGUCCUGAUUUGGAUAUGCCGGAUUGUGGGAUGGAUGAGUCGGUUCUUGGAAAUUCUGGUGAUGGAAAUGAUGCGGUGGAAGUACAGGGAGGGAUUGAUGGAGGGAAAAUGAAUGCAGAUGCAGAGCAGGUGGGGAAUGUGUCUGAUGCGGCAAACAAUGGUUUGCUGAGAUUGUUGAGUGGGAGUGAGAAGUGUGAUGAUGAUGGUGAUGGUUGCUUGGUAUUGGAUACAUCUGGUGGUGAUAGAGAGGGUUCUGUCGGUAAGAGGAAGAGAGAGUCUAUAUUGGAUAUGUUGAGCUGGGUUACUGGUGUUGCAAUGAAUCCUUGUGAUCCUGAAGUUGGUUCAAUACCUGAAAAGUCAAAGUGGAAGUCUUACAGUAAUAAGGAGGUGUGGAAGCAGGCUUUAUUGUAUCGAGAGGCAGUGUUUCUCAAAAAAGGAUUUGAGUCGAGCAGUGAACAGCAAAAUUGGCAGAGUCAGAAGAUGCAUCCUUGCAUGUAUGAUGAUCAUCUUGGGGCAACCUAUAAUCUUAGAGAGCGGCUGAAAAGUGACAGAGGAGUUAUAGUUAGAAAACAUACAUCUGUACGAAGCUCUUCAGAUUCGUCUGAAGGAAUUUUAGACAGAACACCAAGUCCUCAUACGGAAGAUCGGGCUGAAAAACGGUUGCUUGAUUUCUCAGAUGGACAUUCAGGUCUUGAUAGAUGUGCCACAGUACGCAUCCCCGUGGGGUCAAAUCAUCAAGCUGAAAUACCAGAAUGGACCGGCAUGACUUCUGAAGGAGAUUCUAAGUGGUUAGGGACCCGAGUAUGGCCAUCAAAAACAGUAAAUUCCAGACUUCUCAUUGAAAGGGAUCCCAUAGGAAAAGGAAGACAGGAUUCAUGUGGCUGCUCGGUACCUGGUUCUGUUGAAUGUGUAAGAUUCCACAUUGGUGAGAAAAGGGCUAAAGUUAAGCUUGAAUUGGGUGAGGCUUUUCAUGAAUGGAAUUUUGAUAAGGUGGGUGAAGAUGUUAAGAAAUUGUGGACAGAAGAAGAAGAGAAAAAAUUUGAGAAUGUGGUACGAUCAAACCGUGCAUCGUCUGAGACAUACUUUUGGGACCAUAUUUUUAGGACAUUUCCUGAGAAGAGCAGGGCAGAUUUAGUUAGCUACUACUUCAAUGUCUUUCUUUUGCAGCGCAGAGGACACCAAAAUAGGCAUACUCCUGCUAACAUUGACAGUGAUGAUGAUGAAUCUGAAUUUGGACCACUUAGGAAUGUUUUUGGGCAUCAGACCCAAAAUUCACGUGGUUCCAUCAUGUUAACCCCCAAAAAGCCACAGACAAAGGGAGGAUAGCUAGUGGAUGUUUGUCAAAAUAGGGGCUUUGUUGAGGAUGUAAAUUUUGACAAAUUUGGGCAUCCUCGCUGGCAAUUUUCAGUAUCAAUGGAUCUUUCUCACCUUGUUUAGAACACAAAUCAUCAUCGCUUGUGAGGAGUAAAAGAUUGGAGCUUAAAGGGUUGGUUUGGUGCAGGGGUCAAUUUAAGUAGUGAUGGUGUAUUUUGGUGGUGGAAGUGGAAAAAGUUUGAACAAGCUUAGAAGCUGACGUUAUUUUAGUUCACAUGCUUCCGAUUUUGAAAUGUAUCUUCUGUCUGUCCACAGUGAUCUAUAGCAGCCACAGAUUGCUCAUUUUUUUAAAACUUGGUUGUGAAUGCAAGGGUUUACUAGAAACAGAAGCCUUAGGAAUAUAGGUCCACAUUUUAUUGUAGAGGAUCAUGAACAAAUACAUCAAAGUGCUAUUCAAAUUGUAGCUUUUCAUUUGAUGCGAGUUUAUAUUUUGAUUUGAUGUUUCCUACUUUCUUUCAAAGAGAUAUAGAAAUUGUUUUGGCUCAGAUAUUUUCAGUU